CUGGAAGAGCUGGGUUACCUUUACGUCAUUUCCGGCUUCUUUUUUUUUUUUUUUCUUUUUUUUUUGCAUCGCGAAUGUUUAUCUCGUGUUGUCCUGGGCAAGGGUCGUCACGUGACUACCCUCCUCUUUGGUCACGUGACACGGAAGAUGGCAGCCUCCCUGCAGCCGGAUGAUUUGUUGGAACCUAAAGAGAAGUCGCCGCAGGAUCUGAGGAGUGUGCUGGUCACCAGCGUCCUGAACCUGGAGCCGCUGGACAGAGAUCUAUACAGAGGUUCUCACCACUGGGUCCCCACCACACAGAGGCUCUUCGGUGGGCAGAUCGUCGGGCAGGCUCUGGUGGCAGCCGCCAGCUCGGUGGUAGAUGGAGAACACGUCCACUCCCUGCACUGCUACUUUGUGCGAGCGGGGGACCCCAAGGUUCCGGUCUUGUACCAUGUGGAGAGGACCCGAGAUGGGCGGAGUUUCAGCGUGAGGUCGGUGAAGGCCAUACAGCACGGAGUGUCCAUCCUCAUCUGUCAGGCCUCCUUCCACCGCUCCCAGGAGAGCCCCCUGCACCACCAGUUCACCAUGCCCACCGUACCGCUGCCGGAGGAGCUGCUCACCCGGGACGAGCUCAUACACAAGUACUUGAAGGAUCCCUCUCUGGUGGAGAAGCACAGAGUCGGCCUGAAUAAAAUCUUGGCUCAGGAUGUUCCCAUUGAGAUCAAACCCAUCAACCCACCGGACAUGUAUCACCGCAUGCCACAGCAGCCACGGCAGAUGUUCUGGGUGCGAGCCAAGGGACUGAUAGGUCCCGGUGACAUGAGGUUACACUGCUGUGUGGCUGCCUAUAUCUCAGACUACUCUUUCCUGGGAACGGCCAUGCUUCCCCAUCUUCGGCUUCAGAUCAAAUUCAUGGCCUCCCUUGACCACUCCAUGUGGUUCCACGCUCCCUUCAGGGCCGACGAGUGGAUGCUUUAUGAGUGCGAGAGCCACUGGGCAGGUAACUCCCGGGGACUGGUACACGGACGCCUUUGGAGAAGAGAUGGCGUGCUGGCAGUCACGUGCGCACAGGAGGGCGUCUUCCGGGUGAAGCAGGAUCCUAAACUAUGAAUAUCCAUCUUGGAUACAGACGUCUAAUUCCGUCAUGAUUUAUGCAUUACUGACCUGUAAUUACUUCACAUGUAGCUCCGCCCUCAUGACACUUUAUUUUCUCUCAAUUGUAAAUAAUAUAUUUUAAUAAAUCCAAUUAUUUAAAACCUUUUGUUGAAUGAUUUGUUCUUUUUUUUUAAGCCAUUUGUAAUAAAUGCUUUUUGUCCAUAAUGCAGAUGGCGGUUCCCAUUACUUAGGUUAAAGGGGUACUCCAGGGGGAAAAAAAAUCUUUUUUUUAAUGAACUGGUGCCAGAAAGUUAAACAGAUUUGUAAAUUACUUCUAUUAAAAA